AUGUGGGAACUCAGGCACCGGGGAGGCGGCGGCCCCGGCCCCGGGGGAGAGGCGGCGUCGCCACCCCGCGAGGGAGAGGCGGCCGGCGGCGACCACGAAACCGAGAGCACCAGUGACAAAGAAACAGAUAUUGAUGACAGAUAUGGAGACUUGGAUUCCAGAACAGAUUCUGAUAUUCCAGAAAUUCCACCAUCCCUAGAUAGAACCCCCGAGAUCCUCAAGAAAGCUCUGUCUGGUUUGUCUUCAAGAUGGAAAAACUGGUGGAUUCGUGGAAUUCUUACUCUGACGAUGAUUUCGUUGUUUUUCCUGAUCAUCUAUAUGGGAUCCUUUAUGCUGAUGCUUCUUGUUCUAAGCAUCCAAGUGAAAUGCUUCCAUGAAAUCAUCACCAUAGGUUACAGAGUUUAUCAUUCUUAUGACUUACCUUGGUUUAGAACACUAAGUUGGUACUUUCUGUUGUGUGUGAACUACUUUUUCUAUGGAGAGACUGUGGCUGAUUAUUUUGCUACAUUUGUUCAAAGAGAAGAGCAACUUCAGUUCCUCAUUCGCUACCACAGAUUUAUAUCAUUUGCCCUGUAUUUGGCAGGUUUCUGCAUGUUUGUGCUGAGCUUGGUGAAGAAGCAUUACCGUCUGCAGUUUUAUAUGUUCGCAUGGACACAUGUCACCUUGCUGAUAACGGUUACUCAGUCACAUCUUGUCAUCCAGAAUCUGUUUGAAGGCAUGAUAUGGUUCCUUGUUCCAAUAUCAAGUGUUAUUUGCAAUGACAUAACUGCUUACAUUUUUGGAUUUUUUUUUGGAAGAACUCCGUUAAUUAAGUUGUCUCCUAAGAAGACUUGGGAAGGAUUCAUUGGUGGUUUCUUUUCCACAGUUAUCUUUGGAUUCAUUGCUGCUUACGUGUUAUCCAAAUACCAGUACUUUGUCUGCCCAGUGGAAUACCGAAGUGAUGUAAACUCCUUCGUUACAGAGUGUGAACCCUCAGAACUUUUUCGGCUUCAGAGUUACUCACUUCCUCCCUUUCUGAAGGCAGUGUUGAGACGGGAAACAGUGAGCAUGUAUCCUUUCCAGAUCCACAGCAUCGCUCUUUCCACGUUUGCAUCUUUGAUUGGUCCAUUUGGAGGCUUCUUUGCCAGCGGAUUCAAAAGAGCUUUCAAAAUCAAGGAUUUUGCAAACACCAUUCCUGGACAUGGUGGGAUAAUGGACAGAUUUGAUUGUCAGUAUUUGAUGGCAACUUUUGUGCAUGUGUACAUCACAAGUUUUAUAAGGGGUCCGAAUCCCAGCAAAGUGCUGCAGCAGCUGCUGGUGCUUCAACCAGAACAGCAGUUAAAUAUCUAUAAAACGCUGAAGACACAUCUCAUCGAGAAGGGAAUACUACAGCCCACCUUGAAGGUAUAA